GCCUCACAUAAAUAUAUAUAUAGCCUCCUAGCUUGACUUUAGAAAAAAGAAAGAAAAAAACAUAAACAUUUGAAUUUGAUCAAGAUGGAGAAAGUGAUGAGGUUGGCAACAGAAAAGGGUGUGGUGAUAUUCACGAAGAGCUCAUGUUGUAUGUGUUAUGCAGUGAACAUUUUGUUUCGAGAACUAGGAGUGUUCCCAGUGGUUCAUGAAAUUGACAAAGAUCCUGAAGGGAAAGAAAUGGAGAAAGCUAUAACAAAGUUGGGUUGUAAUGCACCUGUCCCUGCAGUCUUCAUUGGAGGAAAGCUUGUGGGCUCCACCAAUGAAGUUAUGUCCCUACACCUAAGUGGUUCACUCACUCCACUAAUCAGGCCAUUUCGACUUUAAUUAAUUAACUUCAUUUCAUGCAAAACACGUUAAUUCUUCCUUGCUAUCUUUAUUCAAGAAUAAACAGCUACAUAAAUCAAUAUAUGUAUGUAGAUUACUAGUAUUAAUUAGUAGUAAUUAAGUAAGAUGUAUUCAUUAUAUAAUAGUCCUAUCCACUCAUGCAUGUGUGAUUAAACUUAA